UCCUCUCGCAAUAGUGUGCGGGAAUCUGUCCACCGCGAGCAGGAAGCAGUCGAGAGCAGACUUCGAAAUCAACUUUUCAUCGAGAUUGGCACAGUCAGAAGCGAAGAGAAAAGUGUGGAAAAGAUCGAACGGAAAAGCGCAGAAAACGGGAGAAUUUCCUAAAUGGCCGACAAUAAAGUGAACGUGGAACUCGGUGACGUUGAAAUAUGUGAUACGAAUCUGUGUCGGAACAAGCGGACGGGUCGACAUACGCAUCACAAUUCGUCGCAGUCGUCGUCAUCGUCGCAGCAGCAGCAGCCCGUCGUCGAUCGGCUGAAGCUCCUGUACCCAAACGUCAACGAGGCGGACACUCCGCUGCCGCGAGCGUGGAGCACCCAGGACAAGUGCCAUGCCAUCGGGCUGUCGCAGAACAAUUUGCGUGUGCACUACAAAGGAGCUGGAAAAUCUCACACAGAUGCAGCAUCAGUGCGGACAGAUCAUCCGAUUCCAGCCGCCUGCGGUCUCUACUACUUUGAAGUUAAAAUCAUCUCAAAAGGAAAGAAUGGAUACAUGGGCAUCGGUCUCACAUCACAAAAUUUCAAAAUGAAUCGUCUGCCAGGUUGGGAUAAGCAAUCAUACGGAUAUCAUGGCGAUGAUGGAAAUUCAUUUUGUUCAUCGGGCAACGGACAGUCAUACGGUCCAACUUUCACAACUGGUGACGUUAUCGGAUGCGGCGUGAAUAUGUUAAAUAAUACUUGUUUUUAUACAAAGAAUGGACUCGAUUUGGGUGUUGCUUUUCGUGAUCUUCCAAUGUUGCAGACCAAACUAUAUCCGACAGUUGGUCUACAAACACCUGGCGAAGAAGUCGAUGCAAAUUUCGGACAAGAACCAUUUCAGUUCGACCAGAUUGAAGAUAUGAUAAAACAGAUGCGUGCUGAAGCAGUAGCUAAUAUUCAUAAUUUCCCAUUGCCACAUAAUCAAGGAGAAUCUGUUGCUUUAAUUAAUAAUUUGCUUUCUUUCAGAAUGGUUUCAUCAUACUUAGUUCAUAAUGGCUACAGCAGUACUGCAGAAUGUUUUGCUAAGACAACUGGCCAAGAUAUAAACGAGGAACUUUCAUCAAUAAAGACUCGACAAAAAAUCUUAAAAUUAGUUAUGUCCGGUCGGAUGGGACAAGCAAUAGAGCAGACUCUGCGCACGUAUCCAGGCCUGCUGGAAAACAACCAGAAUCUGUUGUUUAUGUUAAAAUGUCGGCAAUUUGUGGAAAUGGUAAACGGUUCAGAUAUUGAGUGCCCUCCCAACUCAAAAUCUAGUCCAGUUCAAACGUCUGUUAUUCAAUCAACGAAGUCAUAUCAAAAUGGCUCAUCGACAAAUAAUGUGAUAGGUGACGGCGUGCAAGAUAAUCAAGACAUGAAAAAUUCCGAAAAUUUUUCGCCUGUGAAUAGUGAUUCAAAUAGAAGCCACGAUCUCGAAAUAAACUCACAUAACGAUUAUAUGAAUGAUGUCGAAAUGGAAAAUGGUCACAUAGCGAAUGUGCACUUUGGAAAUGGUUUCAAGGAUGGAGAUGGUGAUAAUAAUUAUGUUAACUCACUAGACACAGAUGAAGAUAUGGAAGUUGAUGCUCCAUCACGUAAGCCUGGUGCUGGUUUCGAAAGAAUAUUAGAAUUCGGCCGGGAAUUAUUUCAAAUGGGUCAACAGUUAGAAAAAGAAAAUCGAAUGAACGAUAACGAUAGAAAGAUGUUGGAGGAUGCAUUUAGUUUAAUAGCAUACUCAAAUCCAUGGUCAAGUCCACUUGGCUACCAGUUAUGUCCUUCAAAAAGAGAACCCGUUUGUUCGGCUCUUAAUUCGGCCAUAUUAGAAUCAAUGAAUUAUCCGUGGCGGCCACCAUUAGAAAUAUGCAUAGCACAUGCAUACGAACUCCUUAGAUUAAUGGCUAAUUCAUCACUAGGGCAAAGUGCAUUCGUCAGUAUCGAAGACAUUUAUCCAAAACAUUGACCAUGCUCAUAUUCUUCAAAUCUUCUAUUUGCCACAGUUAUUUAAGCUUAAUAAUUAUAUUAUCUAUUUUCUGUUUUUUUUUUUUCUUUAUUUUUCUCCUCCUACUCCCAUCAUUUUAUCAUAUAAUUUCUCCCAAAAUCGUUCGUAAUUAAAUGAAUAUUAUUUGUUAAGUGUAAAAGAAAGAAAUCAAUUACAAGAGAAAACAAUAGAUUACAUAACAAAGUGCAAGAAAGGAUUAAAACCACAUUAACCGCGUGCAGGCAAGAACAACUAAAAACUAAACCCUCGAACUAAAGAUCCGAUCUUUUUUCCAAUGAAGUAUUCAAACAGAAUAAAUAAUGUAAAUAGAUGAAAUUUGUUGUGACCGGAUGAUAUAUAAUUGAUGAUUAUUUUUAAACAAAAUAUACAACAAUUUUUACAAUCUCUAGUAAUGUAUGAUGCAAGACAGCAAUAGUAAAAUUACAACAAUUUGAAAACAAACGGGAACCCAUCUUGUGGGCUCGGGUCAGAGAUCAUAGACAAACAAAUAAACGAAAUACAAAAGCAAAGAAACAUGUAAUUGCGAGCAAUGAGACACGACGAUGACGGCGGCUGGUGUGAGCAUUGGGAAAAAUAAAAAAGAAAAAUAAAUUAAGGAAUCUUAUUUUGUAGAAGAAUACACAAUACGCGUUUUUAUAAAUAAUACAACAUUUACUAUUAAUAUAUAUUUUUGAUUAGCUAUUACAGUGUAAGUUUCAAUGUUAAGUUUACGGAGAAACAGCUGAAUCGGUUUGUAGAGAUAUGACGUUUUUUUUUUUUCGAAUCGUAUAAGAGGACAUACUAAGAUGAUAUAUUAAAAACAAAAAAUAUCGACAAAGAAAUAUUUAUGGUGAAGAUUUCACUUGUUUUAUUUAGAUCUUGAUCAGUUGCGCUUUCCAAUUUUUUGGAAACGAUAGAGCAUGAGUCUUCGUGAGUCUAUUCAAAUCAUGGUGGUGAGAGAGGCGUUGAGUGGAGGUGCUAGUUUCAGUGAGAUAUUUCGAGCGGGAUCAAUAGGGCAGUGAUUAUUGGUUCAACUCAUUCAAUGUCGCUUUGUCCCAUAUCGGACGUUGGUCUCUCUUCAACUAUUCUUCUAAUUUAAUGCUAUUUAUUUUGGCUUCAUCCAAGAUGCAAAGAAGCUCUGUUGAGCCCGCAGCAAUCGCUCUUCGCUCACUCAACGCGCUGAGAUAUUUCUAUGACUGCUUUAUUCAUAAUUGGUAAAUUGAAAGAUCUCUUCGAUCUCCGUUAUCACUUCAAAAUGUGUUCAUGUAUCAGAAUUAUCAGAUUUGUAGAAUAAACUGUUUGAAAAAGUGAUAGACGGAUUAAUUCAGAUGAAUAGGGUUUAGGGUGUUAACACAUCGUUCGUAUCAGGUGUGCUUAGUAUCUCAUCUUUUUGUCGUUUUUACAUAAUCGUAGAAUGUCCCGCAGGCUUUCUUCUCAUGUGGGACUAUCGAAUAAUGAAUUUCGACAAAAUCUAUGUUUUUAGUAAUUAUUAGCAACUUUUAAAAGGUCUCUCGUUUUUCUCUGUAAGUUACAGAUCUAAUCAUGCUAAUUAUUCUAAUUCAGAAUUUUUUUUGAAUAUGAAAAAUGUAAUGAGAGGUCGAGCAUGUUUUUUUUCGAAUGUAAGGAAGUUUCAAUGUUGUUACUGAAUUAAUUGCGACUCCAAAAAAAGAAAAUAAUGCCUCUUACUUUUCUAACAUUUCUUUGCAUUCGUGUUCGAAAUUUUUCAAGUUUAAAAGAUAUUUAUAGUUUCUCGUAUGGACUAAACUACAAAAUAAUUCAUAAUGUGUUCGUUAUUAGUUUAACAGUUUGUUUUACGUACGUAAUUAGUUUUUAUUGUAAUUACAUGACUUCCAUGUUA